AUGGCGAGUAAAGGGCAACCAAGCCCAAAAGAUCUUGCAAAGCUGCUGGAGCUCGAAAACAACAACCAGCACAUUUUAACGAUGGAUCCUUUGAAAAAGCUUUUCAGCUUCUAUCUUUCCAUUGCCAACAGAGAAAAGGCUAAAGAAACCCUUUACAGGCUGGCAACUAAUGCUAAUAUUGUGAUCAAAAGCAUGGUAUUUCCACUUGUAAAUAAAAAAAUCCAAGCUUCUACUAGUGUGCUCUCAAGCUCAGACAAUUUGUUUGCUAGCGAUGUUUUUAAUAUUUCCGAAUAUCUGCAAUAUCUUUUUUCUCUUUCAGGGCCAGAUGAGUGGGCUGCCUUUCACAAUACCAUUCCCUCUUGGAAGUCGGUGUUGAAAUUUAUUUUGAUAGACUUUUCCUCCCUUAUUGAGCAUAUGAUCGACACUAUGCUUGGUGAAUUGUCCGCCUCGCUGAAAAACCGGAUCCACGUGCAAAAAAGCAAAAUCAUGUCGAUCAUUUUGUCUUGUAAGCUGUUUCUUUACCAAGGUUUUGAAUUAAAGGAUGCAUAUAAAUUUCUUGUUACGAAACUUGAUUUGCAUCUACACGGCAAUGGAGAAUAUUCGUACUUUUUGGACAGGCUUUCGAUCCUUGAAUUGGAGUUUGAUUUUUCAAGCUUUUCUGUGGUAGACAUUUCAAAAAGUAUGAUUCAAUAUUGUUGGGCAAUUGAAACGUCAAAUGUCAUUGAUGUUCGUGUGGUGGCAGCCAAAUUUCCGGAUUUCUUCAAUAGCCAAGCGAGAUAUUCGUAUGGCUCCAGUGACCCGCUGGUACAGACAAAUGCGAAGUAUCCAUAUGCCAAAGCGCUCAGUGACAUUUAUGUGUUUUAUUCAAAAAUCUUUAAAGCAAUUUAUCACCUUGACGCAAAUUCUAGCAUUAACAACUCUACUGUUUCCGAGUUGGCAAAAAAAUCUUAUUUGCAUGGCCUUUUAGGAAGGUCCAAAGCUCAGCAGCUUUUAUUAAACGGCGACGGCUAUUUUAGCCAUCUAGUGGGGUUAAUUUUGGUCGACUCUUUCACCAUGCACACAAAGCACUUAUUUCUCAAGAUUUCAAAUGAUGGAGUACUCAUUUUUAAGCAUCUUGGUCUGACCCUUUCAGUGUCGUUAUAUUCUUUAAGCGCGGCAGUCGCAUUGUCGUCAACCGUAAAGUCUCCUGAAAAUAUAGCAAAAUGUGCGUCCUUGGCAUCCGUUGUUGCUUUGCCCUCUGCGUUUAAACAGUGGAAUGUGGAUGAAACCAACAGCCACCUUGAACUAAUGCUUUUGGCAGUCAAUUAUUUUUUUGACCUGUAUCUUGCUGACGCUUCUUUUUUGCAUCCAUGCACCUCUAUUAACUCAUCUAAAGCUUUGGCUUUCGGAGACGACGUUAACCACUUGAUUGGAGCUCUUUCUAAAGUGCCCAAAAACUCUGAAUAUACAAGUGCGCUGCUGUCAGUUUUAACAUUAACUACGGCGACAUCCACAAAUUGGGCGUUGUAUUUUGAUUGUCUUGAAAAUGAGGCACCCAUAUUGACGGCUUCCUUGUCCGAACACUUGGCUACUUGUAUUUCUUUAUUGGAACAGAUAAAAACGCAGUUUGUGACUAGGCUACUUAACAAGUUUUUGCCGGUGCUCCAUUUAGCUUUAUUGAGAAUAGCUAUGAUGCUAUUGGGGGGACCCUUUCUCUCAAAUACACAAACUUUAAGGCUUUCGCAGACUUUUUCUCUGUCCAAGAAUUCCUUUACAUUGCCUGAUAACCCAAUUUUCAAAGAUCAUAGCCGCCUACAUCUUUCGUUAAGGGCUUUAUCGAUCAUUAUUGGUGAAAAUACAGCUUCGCUGCCAAAAAAUGGCAUAUGCAGAUUUCAUUUGCAAUUUGAGAGCAUUGUUUCGUGCGCCUACUCAUUGUUUUCGCUGUAUUACUUGUUUCUGGGAAUUUAUACGAUGCCCCAAAAUAAAAAGCCCCUUUUCAUACAAAAGGCCGCCGACUGUGCAACUAGAUCCCUAUCUUUUCUCCCAGGCAUGGAGAAUGAACUUUCUACAUAUUGCUUGCUGCUGACACACUACUUUAAUUGGCUAAAUUCACAAGAUAAAAUCGUCGAUUUGAGAAACUUGCUUGUCCAAAUCAGACCUAUUUCAAUAGCAUCCAAUGUCAAGGCAAUCAAUACGCCCACCACGUCUUCAUCCUUGCUAUUGAGAUGCAAAGCCCAAAUCCUACUUUGCCAUCCGCAAAUCACAAGCGAUUCCAUUUCAGAUGCAAUCUGCUCCCUUCAAUGCGCUUUACGAUCGCAAUAUUUGCAUGCACCAACAUGGCUUUUACUGGCCGAUGCAUAUGAGCUUAAUUGCCAAUACAUAGCAGCAUUCAAGGGCUACGCAAAAGUGAUCACCCUUGAGCCUCAACACCCCAAACUUGCAAACUUGGUCGUAAAGAUGGCAACAUGCCUUUUCAAAAGCAAAUCCUAUGCGUUGUGCUUAAAAUUCAUUAUCCCCCUCAUAGAGGAUCUUGAAAAAAUUGAUCUUUCUUUCAUCGAAGAAGACAAUCCACUUGAAAUUCCAGCUCCCAUUGUAUUAAGUGAACCUGAACUUGCAGAAUUAAAGCUAGUCUCAUUUGAAUCGCUAUUGUUACUUUCCCGGGAGUUGUUUGACUUGGGUGAAGUUGGGCAUUCGUUUGAGCUGGUUGGAAUUUCCUACGACUUUGUCCCGUUUGCUCUUGAAAGAUCUGAAAUACGCCUAUUGAACCAACUGUUUUCUUUUACGAGCGCCGUUUUUGACUCCAGGGCAAUUGGUAUCAUCCAGAAAGACAAGCCCGCUCAAUUUGAAGCCUUAUGCCAAAAAAUCUGUCAAUCUUGCCUCUACAUUCAUUCGCACAAGCUGUUCAAGCAUCUUCUUGAUGUUGAGUGUGUAUCUCCAUCUGUUCCCAACUAUGACCUACAUGUGUCUAUUAGGAAAGAAACCAAGAACUGCUAUUUGCCUGUUUUAGCUUCCAAAAACUGCAAAUCCCUUCUGUUGUUGACUAAGACAUAUUUCGACAUCAGCCUUCUUGAAAAGGAUCAGUUUGUGGCCAAUUGGCUUCAACUUGCCAAUUCCUUGAUUUUGCUUGACAUUUGCAAUUUGAUUGACUCCAAUCGUAUUUCACCUUGUAUUUUUGCCAUCCUUCGAGGCCUAUGUGCAAUAUGUAUUGAGCAAAAGGAGCCCGAACACUCGGCUGCUAUUUGGUUGACCACCGGGAAAUGGCUGAUAACCAAAAACAGCUUGCUGCUAGCUCAGCAUGCUUUGAUGGUUGCUUUGGAACUUUGCAUUUCCCUGGUAUGUUUAUUUGCAUAA